CCUAAUCAUGAGUGUGACAUCCUUCAGAAGAGACCUUCAGAUUAUAUUUGAGUAUCUUUGUUUUGCUGGUUUUGGUGGUAAACAGGAAACUCUUGUUAGGCUCGCACUGAAGAAGUUUCUGAGUAUGUACACAAAUAUAAAUGUGAUGCAUAAGAAGUAAGGAGGUUUGUAAGUCCUAAUGCGGAAUACAAUGCCUUUGUUUGAACCGUACUUAUAAGGCCUGUAUGAUUGUUCCCAUUGUUUCUUAUUUCUUUUUUUCCCCCUCCUCUGUCAGUUGUCCAAAGGGUCAGUAAAAUGAAUGACGGUUAUGGCGCGGCCAGUGAACCAUAAAAAAGCCGAAAACAAUAUCAGCUGCGUGGAUCUGUCAGUUGCAAAUGUGCUGUGCUGGCCUUUGUUUAUGGUUACUGGAAGGAGAGGGGGAAAAACUAAGGGUAUUUAAAUUCUCAGUGCAGGAAACUAGGUUAGAAAAAAGUGUCGGCUUUCAGACGGACCCAUUUCCAAGUACUUCUUUGCUGAGAGAUUACAACUAAAGGGGGGGAAUUGGCUAGUUUUCUACAGAAUCACCUCACAACACUUCCCUUCCUCCCGUUUUUUAAAGGGGGGAAAGAGAAACAAAGUUGUAUAAAGGAGAGGCUGGUGGCAAGAGUGUAGAGGAGUAGCAUAUGGCACUAAAAGGAGCACAGCUGGAGGUAGCAUUUCCAUCUGAACAUGAUGUCAGAGCAGCUGACAGGCUGCCAUCCCCCAGUCUUUUCUUCUAACGCACAGACUGGGAGUUAGUGUGUGUGCGGAUCUGUGUGCAGGAGGAGGCAUCGCAUUCCCCUCCAACAUCUCCUCCACUUUGCAUCUGUCCCUCACAGUUUGAUUUUCUCUCUCUUUUCUCUCGCGUCUCUACCCUUUCAUUGAUUCGGCGAAGGGAGUUACAGCCGGCGCUACCACAACAGUGGACUUAAUCAAGUUGAUGCGUACUGCAGGUUAUGAAGACAGCAUGGAGUUUCCAGACCACAGCAGACAUUUGCUACAGUGUCUGAGCGAGCAGAGGCAUCAGGGAUUCCUGUGUGACUCCACUGUGCUGGUCGGUGAUGCCCAGUUCCGAGCCCAUCGUGCAGUGCUGGCUUCAUGCAGCAUGUACUUCCACCUCUUUUACAAGGACCAGUUAGACAAAAGGGACAUUGUUCAUCUGAACAGCGACAUUGUCACAGCCCCGGCCUUCGCUCUCCUGCUUGAGUUCAUGUACGAAGGAAAGCUCCAGUUCAAAUCACUUCCAGUGGAGGAUGUGCUGGCUGCUGCCAGCUACCUCCACAUGUAUGACAUUGUCAAGGUGUGCAAGAAGAAGCUCAAGCAGAAGGCCACAGCCGAGGCUGACAGCACCAAGCGGGAGGAGGAUGCCUCCAGCUGCUCGGACAAGGUGGAGAGCUUCUCGGAAGGUGGAAGCACGGGCCGGCCAGCCACCGCUGACCUGCUGCAGAGUGACGACGAGGACAUGGAGAACAAACGGGACAGCCCUCAGGAGCCGGGGAGCAUGUGGAUGCGUCUGCCUUCCGACCGGACCGCAUCUCCCACCACUAGCCCCAGGGAGGCGGAAACACACGGUCCCGACGCUGGCAAAUCUCCUGCUGCCAGCCCCAGCAGCUCCACCAGCUCCCUGUCCCAUCGCUCGGCGGUGCCUCGGAGAGUCUCUGCUGACACCGAUUGUGUGCUUGACCUCUCUGUGAAGUCCAGUCUGGGCGGAGGUCCUGGGGAGACCAUUGCUGCCAACCCUUAUUUCUGCAGCUCUGUGACUCCAGACAGCCUCCAGAGUGCCUUGGUUCAAGUCAAGGUGGAAAAGGACACAGGCUCGGACGAUGACGAACUGGUGAGUGGCGACUACGAGAUGGAGCACAGCGGUGUGAAGGAGCCACCCAGCACCAACGGGACUCACAUCAGCCUCAUUGCGCAACGGAGGUUGGGCCUGGAGGCUCACCUCUCAGCCCUGCGUGAGGCCUCGCUGGCCAGUGAGCUGGUGCGGGACAGCAAAGGAGGUGAUGAUGACACAGAUGUCUUAGGAGGGGACAGUGAGCGAGCCCAUGAGGCCGCGGGGGUUGAGAACUCCCUGUUGCCUUACGUCUCCAGCAUGCUGGGGGGUCCACAUACUCAGAUCUUCAUGUGCCCCUUAUGCAACAAGGUCUUCCCCAGCCCACACAUCCUGCAGAUCCACCUCAGCACACAUUUCCGUGAACAGGAAGGCGUGCGGUCCAAGCCGACCAGCGAUGUCAAUGUCCCCACCUGCUCCAUCUGCGGCAAAACCUUCUCCUGCAUGUACACAUUAAAGCGCCACGAGCGGACGCACUCGGGCGAGAAGCCCUACACAUGCACUACUUGCGGCAAGAGCUUCCAGUACUCGCACAACCUGAGCCGGCAUGCCGUCGUGCACACACGCGAGAAGCCACACGCCUGUAAGUGGUGCGAGCGGCGCUUCACACAGUCAGGGGACUUGUACCGACACAUCCGCAAGUUCCACUGCGAACUGGUCAACUCGCUCUCGGUCAAGAGCGAGGCGCUCAAUCUACCUACGGUCAGAGACUGGGCACUGGAAGAUAGUUCACAAGAACUGUGGAAAUGAAAGCUAAACUGAUAGAAGACUGUUUGAACUGCUUGUUAAUUUAAUGAGAGAGAUCUGAGUGGCAUUUUUUGGGGCAAGAGAGGUGAAGGUAAGAGUGGGGCGGAGUGACGGCCGAAGGGUCUGAAUCAGUCAUUUUUCUUGUAUGUACAUUGCAAAUCUUGUUGAAUUGCACUUUACUAGCACAUGAAAAUGUUGCUACUGAUUUUCUUUUAAUAUAUUUUCUGGUCUCUUUAGGGUCUCUUUUUUUUCCUGUUCUCCUUGGGUUUUUCGAAAUAUGGGUGCUUGUCUCAGUAACUUUGACAGAAAAAUGAUUCAUUGGGAUUUUCACCUGUAUAUAAUUUACAGUUUUUGUAUAUGCUCCUAAAUUUCAAGGAACAUCUGCCAUGAAAAGCAUAUGAAGAUUUCAGGUAAUAGACAGAGGAGUUUAAAAACUAAGUAAACACUAAACGGGUACUAUGGUCAUAUAUUUACCUGUACACACUUGCCUAUUAUUUGAGUAUGUGUGUGUAUUUAUAUAUAUUUAUAUAUAUAUAUAUAUAUAUAUAUAUAUAUAUAUAUAUAUAUAGUGCACUACUAUAAUUUGUAGGUAACAUACCUGAUGUGUGACUGUGGCCGUGCAUGCAUGUGUAUUCACACACAUACGCACACAUACACACGUAGUGUGUGAGCAGGUCAGUCCUUUAAUUCCCACGAGGAAGCUCUAAGCUCACGUUACUUAAGCUCUUGUACAUUUUUGACUCGUUAUAGGAAACUUGACUGAUGGAAGACAAAUAAGGCACUCAUGCAAUGUACAGCCUCCUUUUUCUUAACAGUGGCCGCAUUUUUUCUAUCCUUUCUUUAAUAUGAUUUGAAGUCAUUUUUGCAUUUUAGUUGCAGUCUCUCUACAUCACUUGUUUGCUACUGAGGUUGGUUUUUACAUCGGCUGCGUUUAUAGAGAUUUCUGUAGUGUUUUAUUAAGAUUUUUCAUUUUUAAAACAGAAUCUGUUGUUGCAUGAUGUCUGACCUGUAUAUUGAAAAAGAUGUGACUUGCUGUAUUGCUGUACACUGUAAUUGACUGAUUCAUUACAGUCAGGGCACCUGUCUGUUGGAAAAAAAAAGUACCUUUAAUAUUACCGCUGUAGAAAUUGCAUGAAUUUUAUUUAACUUACUCUUUUUUUUGUUGUUGUUGUUGUUGUUUUGCAUCAGAGAGUGUAUUUUUUAAUUAACUCAUUUGAUUCCUUGGUAGAUUUGAGUUUUUCCUCUCAUUAGAGAAUGAAUCGGGUGUUCUGGUGAGGUGUUUUUUCUGGGCUGUGAAGACUGUGGAAGUGCACUGGCGUUAGGCUGCAGUAUCUACACACGCGACACGAUUCGGUUCGGGCUCACUGUAGGAUUCGGAGGGUAACGAGGGACUAGGUGUCAGCAGAGGCUGAAUGGCUAUGUUUAUUGUUCAGAAGGCUGCCGUGGCUCCUCUUAUCAUCUCCUUGUGUGCUGGGUCCUCAACUGCUGUUUGUCUCAGUGUCCUGUUUACUGUCUGUUGUCAUUUGAAUCAUGUUGGCUCUGUUUGUAAUUUAUUUAUUUAUCUUUUCAAUUGGCACUUGCUUCAGAUUCGAUUGCCAUGAAUACACAUUUGUGUGGCUGAUGGUACAGCUCUUCUUUAUGGGUGUCAUCAGCAGCGCACAUCUAUUUGGAGAAGCUGAAGGAUCUUUAAACAGCAUAAAGCUCGACACUCUGAUCUGAGUGGUUUGUGUGUGUGUGCGUGUGUUUGUGUUCAAUACAUAAGUCUUUUUUUUUUUUUGAUCACAAGAACGUGUUUGGCAAGGUUGGUUGCACCUUUGAAGUUUAAUGAAAUUAGAAUGAUGUGCAAAAGAGGCCUUUAUAAAAAUGUAUAUGCUUAAUUAUUAACCUAAUUGAAUUGACUUUGUUACACUGAAAAAAGAUCUACAAAUUUGUGAUUGUUCAUUUGUUAACUUUUUGCAGCAUUUGUAAUUUUGAAAAAUGUUUAUUCUAAAAAUGUUUUAUUUUUUUUCUUUAAGUUAAUUUCAUUUGCAAAAUUAUAUUAAGGUUUCUUUUAUUAAGAAUGUGAAAAUUCUGUUCUGUUUGUUUGUUGGUUUGUUUCACAAAAAACUAUUUCAUUGUCAAAUCCAGAGAAAUAAGAGGCAAAGAAAAAUGAAAAACAUAUGGUUUAGCACUGAAGACAUAGAUCAGUCACUCACAUAGUGCUGAAAUGCUUGAACUACUUUAGUUAGAGAGGGCCAGGGGCUCCUACGCAGGCCUCAGGAACUGUCCUACCAUAUAUUUGGCUGGUGCAACGGCUAGUGAAAAGGUUGAGCUUUGCCAACAGCGCAUGCUCCUCAUGGCGUUUUGCACGGUGGUACUUUUACCUUUUGCACUCUAAAGUGGCAGAUAAAAAUAUCAACUGUGGGGUUGAUUUGUUUUCUAUGCUUUCUUUUUCUUUUUGUUGGAUUCUAUUGUACUUGACCGCCUUAAACUACUGUUAUCAACUUAUACUCAGAGGGUGAAAACUGGAAACUGUCGCUGGAAUACUGGAUGACUUUCUUUUGACUUUUUUUGUUCAAUGGAAAUGAAGCUGUGAAAUGGCCUAUGAAGCAUAUCCAUAAAUUAGACACCCCUUUAGUUUACUUGAAACCCAGGAACCCCAGUGUGAAGAACAACUCUGUCAAAUUCAAACUUGUUGGCUAAUGAGUAUGGGAAAGAAAAUAAAUAUCUCUUGAAUUCAAGGACAAUCGUGGUCUGGGUGGGAAAAAAAAAAAGAAGAAGAAGAUUUGACUUUACAUGUAAUUGCUUCCCUUCUGAUAUUUUUUGCUAUGUUGACAUUGUUCCUUUUAUGGAUUUAGACAUUUAGCUUUGACAAUCAUAGUAUGUUUCAUUUUCUCAAGGGAAGUAAAUUAUGAGGCUGUUUAGUUUUGUACUUUUGGUGUGCUGUUGGUGAAAUUUUUAAAUUGUGUGCAAACUGCAAUAAAUUAUAAGAACCUUA